UAUUAUAGUAAUUACUUAAGAGUAAUAUUUAUUUACACGAUCAUUUGGAUGAAAAAUUUAAACUUUAUUUUCUUGGUACUAUCCUAAUUGUAGUUACAACAAAUUGUCUAUAUAAUUGAAUCUAACAUCAAAAAUAAUGUCUGAUUGGGUAAAUGAAAAUUGUGUAUCUUUUUUCCAAUUAUUUUGCAUAAAAGUUGUAAAAACAGGACGGGUGCCGCAACACAUAGCAUUUAUAAUGGAUGGAAACCGCCGAUAUGCAAAAAAACUUAGCGUGAAGACGAGUGAUGGUCAUUCAAGGGGAUUUGAUAAGCUUUCGGAAACAUUAAAGUGGUGCCUAGAUUUGGGUAUACCUGAGGUGACUGUGUAUGCCUUUAGUAUUGAAAAUUUUAAAAGAAGUGAUGAAGAAGUAAAUGCGCUUAUGGAUUUAGCAAGGGAAAAGUUUCAGAGAUUACUUGAUGCAAUGGAUCAAAUAAAUGACUGGGGCGUAAGAAUACAUGUAGCUGGAAGAAUGUCACUUUUGCCUUCAGAUUUAUGUAAAAUGGUAUCUCAAGCAAUGUUAGCAACACGUCACAAUAAUAAGCUUAGGCUGAACAUUGCAUAUGCUUAUACAGGUCGAGAUGAAAUUAGCAGAGCUGCAUCGCACAUUGCUGAAGGAGUAAAUAAAAAGGAUAUAACAACAUAUGAUAUUAAUGAGGAACUAGUAUCACAGACUUUAGAUCUUGGGCCACCAGAGCUUCUUAUAAGAACAUCUGGUGAAGUCAGACUAUCAGAUUUCAUGCUAUGGCAGACUGCUAAUACGGUUCUUUAUUUUUCUGAUGCUUUGUGGCCUGAAUUUACCGUCUGGAAUCUUUUAGUAGCUAUUAUUCACUUUCAACGAUAUGCACCUCCACCAUUACCCCAAAGAGAUAACAAUGAAAAUCAAGAUGAAUUUCUACAAAAAUUGGAAGAAAAAAAGCUACAACAACUAAAGAAUUAUAUAGAAUGUUCAUCAUAGUCUAGUUAUGGUAUUUAUACAUAUAUAUAAUAUGGUAUACUUAUACAUAGUUUAAUCACAAUGUAUGAAACUACAACAUAGGAUUGUCUACUCCUUUCCUAGUUACCAUCCAGAUAAAUAAAAUAUUUAAUUAAUGUAAGGAAUAAGGUAUACAAUAAGUAAAAACUUUAUAGAACUUAGAAUUUAUUUUAAAAUAAAUUUAGCCUAUUACAAGUAAGUAAUGUAGAUUAGGUCUAAAAUAUUAUUGCAGAUUGCUUUAUAAAAGUAACCAUUAUGAAAUAAUCUUUUCAUAUUAUUGUAACAUAAAUUACAAUAAAUAAAUACAUAAGUUGA